UUGGCAUGGCAAACGAAGGCAUAGUCAUCCGUUUCUGAGCCUCUCCUCCAAAUUCUCGUUGUUUAUCUGUAUAUCUAAUUAACUUCUCUCUCACACUCUGAAAGAAAGGGUUCGAUGGGUUCGAGCAGCAGCCGUCCGGGGUCGCGCCCUUCUCGGGCCCCACGGCGAUCCAACCGCCCCAAACGUCCCUUCCUCUCUCGUCUCGUCUGCGGUGGCUCCACCUCUCACGAGAUGGAAGACGGUCCAUCUGACUUACAGGUGAAUUCUAUAAAACAUGGUGAGCCAGUUGUUGAGGAGUUGCGAAGACCGAUGAAGGAAUCUGCUUUGGCCUCUUGUGCAGUGACUGGGUUAACCAGCUCGAGAACUGAAACUGGAGCCUCAUCUGAAAGCAGUGCGGUAACUAGUAAAGACUCUUCUUUUGAAGAUGGUUUAAUCAAUGCUGAGACAAGUAACCAACGGCAAUGCUCAUGUAAAAAUAAAGAUUUAGUUCCUCCUCAGUCAAGUGCUGAUUGUAGAAUUAAUGAAACAGCUAGUACUUUCUAUGAGGAUCUGUCAUCUUCAGACCCAGUUUCUGCAAAUGUAAGGUCCAAUAUGGAUGUUAGUAAUGGCUUUGGUAAUAGGAUGGACAAGGACAUGUCUCAGAUUUGUGCAGAGGUUUUACAUACAAGCAGUUCAUCUCCCCAAGAGCUUGGAGAUUCAUUUAGAAAUCAUGUGAGUGAAGCAAUGACUGUCUAUAAUUCUGAUUCUGAUUCUGAUUCUGCUUCUGCUUCUGUUGUUUUGGAUUCACCAGUAACUUCUCACCUGCUAAGAGAUGAUUCUCUUCAAGAGACCAUACCUCCAGGUCUAGGAUUUCUUGUUUCAGGUAGGGAACAAGGCCAGGGAGGUGGAAGUGUACUUCAAGUUGAUGUGGUGAGUAUAUCUUCCAGCAUUUUGUCACAUAGUUCCACUGAAAUAAGUAAUCGUGAAGCAGGACAGAAUAGUAGAAGACUAUUCUGGGAUGCUUUUUCAAGACGCAGUUCUAGAAGGCUUAGUGAUUCCCAAACAUUUGUUUUCUCGACUGAUGAUGAUAACAAUGAUGGUCUAGGAUCUCAUGACAGAUGGCUCCUUGAUUUUAGUGGUGAUUUCUUUUAUGAUGAGGUUGGUGGUGAUUCCGGGUACAUGGAAAGUAGAACUCACAGCAUGAAUGAACAACGUUGGCAUUCAACAUCUGAGGUCUGGGAAAGACUUCGUGGUGGCCAUGAAAGCGGUAAUCCUGAAAAUAGUGUUUGUCCAUCUGGGGUUCACCCUGAUGGCACAUGCACAUGUGAAUCAAUAUUGAUGACUGAUGAAUCUGGUACUCGUGCAAGUAUUUCACGAAUAGUUAUGCUAGCAGAAGCAUUAUUUGAGGUAUUAGAUGAAAUUCAUCGGCAACCUUUGUCACUUUCCUUAUCUAUGGUCUCACUUCCGGCUCCUGAGGCAAUCGUUGACUCUUUUCCUGUUAAGAAUCAUAGAAAGCCCGAGAAAACUGAGAGUGAAGAUGAUGCUGAACAGUGUUACAUAUGCUUGAGUGAGUAUGAAGAAGAGGAUGAAAUACGUGUUCUUCCUUGCCACCACGAGUUUCAUAUGUCAUGCGUUGAUAAAUGGCUCAAAGAGAUACAUGGGGUGUGCCCACUCUGCCGAGGAGAUGUUCGUGAAGGAUUCACAGAGUCGUCCAUCGUCUCCAACUCAGAAACACCUUCUGUUUGAUUAAAAUGUUGUGGGUACUUGUACAGAAGGCGGUUUUGCUAUGGAAAUGUUGCCUUUUUAUGUCUUCUGAGAUUUAUUUGUUUUUUUAUUUCACUAUACAUAUUCCGAAGCCUAUGAAGCACAGGCACCUCUCCGGAGGUCGCGUACAAGUGUCCGACACGUGUCGGAUACGGACAUGUGCUGCACACGCUCCGGACAUGUGUCGAACACGCUGGGACACUUUGGACAUGCUGCGGACAUGCUGAGGACACGUUGGGGACACGUUAAGGAGACGCUAGAGACAAGCUGGGGACACUUUGGGACACAUUGAGUACUAUCUUUUUCAAAAGCAAUUAUAAUUUUUAAUUUUUUUACUAAUAUAGCAUACCUAAGGUUGAUAAAUUUCGUAAAAUUAAAUAUUUGACAUAAAAUACAUAUUACAUAUUUAAAAAUAUACAUAUAAUAAAAAUAUAUGUUUUGAACGUGUCUUUAACGUGUCGUGUCUUGCAUUUUUUGAAAAUUUACGUGUCCGCGUGUCCGUGUCGUAUCCGUGCUUCUCAGUCCAAGGCCAUAUUUGGUAUCCCCUUUUUUUGUCACAUAUCUCUCUUAUACAAUUUAUAUGACAAUUAAAGAAGUGAGAUUUCUCUCAGUUAGUGAUAGUUCUUGUAAUUACAUUUCCUGACAAAUGUAUUGAACUGAAUUAGUUAAAAUUUUAAAGGUACAAGUUACAGUGAUAUACUUCUUUUAUUCCUAUGUGAUUAAGAUUCUCAAAAUGAUGCAUCAUAUUACAAGAAUUGCAAGUUGUAGAAAAAUAACAGGUGGCUAAAAGAUUAAUAGAAGAUCGAAUAUAGAAAUGGGGAGUUGAAGUUUUAUGUCACUUGAUCUGAAUCUUCGUGAAUUCAUGGAUAUUUACUGCCACUGAAGUUAAAUGGUAUCGAGUUUUGUUUGAUGUGAUAAGCAGGUAAUGAUAAUGUGAUCUCAGAUCACAUAUGAACCCAACCCAGAAUUCUCUACUGAGCUUACAGUCAAUACAACAUGACAGCUAUUACCGGUACAGUUUCUGCGACUAGUUCAGAUUGAUUCACUGCGCUGAUUACUCUCUGGAAACUGGUUUGAACUUACACUGAGCAAGAACUCGAGUUCUAAUGGAUGAGGAUGUGCCCACAAGUCUGAUGAACUCAGAUGAGAUUGGAUUUACAAUUCAGUUUCAGUUUCUCUCUCAGAUUUUGUUUCAUUCUUUCAAUCAGUAAUGCUAGAGACUAAGAACUCAGACACAGAAAAGUACUAAGAAAAUUAGUGUGUGAUCCAGAUUUAUUCCAAGUGUGAGCCUCAUUAAUAUAAUCUAAACCAUACUAUUUUUCUUGGCCUUACUGUCUUUCAAUUGAACUCAUUUUCUAGAUUCCAGAGCACGCAUGGAACUGAGAAAAUUUAACUCAUGCAUGAAUUUGAGAAAUUUCACAAGCUGACACUUGCAAACAAUAAAUAUUUUCAAACAUUCACAUUUAUCAGUGAUCACUUUAAUUACCUCUUCCUCUAGAGCCUUUUUUGAGGAUCUGAGUCAUCACACCUGCUAGAUACAUUGCAGGGUUAGCUCUAAUGGUAUUGUUGAACUUUUUGCAGAUUUCCAUAUGUGAAUGAAGAGCUUCUUCAUGUACAAGGUUGUGUACUCUCCCAAGCUUAUACGAUUCUUCAAUUAUCACUUCUGAGCAGAGUCCACACACCCAUUUACCGUAGAACCGAGCUCUUAUAUGCUGAAUGUAGGCCCUCGUGCAGUCCUCAGAUAUGCCGCAGCACUCGCACUCGACCUCCUUGAUAUCGUUUGUGGACGAAAGUUGGAAAGGAAUCCUCAAAUCCAUGUGUUUAGAUAUGCCCAUCUCUGAAGGUUUGUCUGAAACUUCUCUUUUAAAUAUAUCUAAGGAUAAUCUCCUUGAUCUGGUUCUUGAUGCCAUUGCUGGUUCUUGUGUGUGUGUGUGUAGGUCUUGGGAUUGCUGGUUGUGUAGAUUUUUUGCUAUAAAUAGAUAUAGGCCAAGGGAACUAUGAAGUCUAUACAUGUAAAGGUCAUUUUCAGAUAUCCAUAAAACUUAUGAGAAA